GAGCGGCUGCGCGGAGGGCGCCUGGGGGGCGCUGAGGGGUCACAUUCUUUUACAGUUGAGAGCCAGUUGGUUGUGAGGUGCUGGAUUGGAAACUGGGAGAGAGUCUAAUGAAGUUAUUACUGGGAAGAAGCAUGAAAAUGUUGCCUGUUAUUACAACCCCCAUCUCUCUUUGAAUGAUUUGGAAGACAAGUCUAUAAAACCAGGACAUUGUUUCCCAAUUUGAAUGUUGCAUAGUAUCAUGCCUAGCAGAAUGGGAUCAAAAAUGGACAUGAAGAGAGACUUCAUUAGAGUAAAAACUCAUUAUAAUAGGGACAUCCUCAUCACAAACGUGGGUGCAUCAAUGAACUAUGAUGAACUUUGUGAAGAAGUGAGAGAAAUGUGCAAUUUAUCUCAGGAACAACCAAUUACCCUGAAGUGGAUUGAUAAUGAAGGUGAUCCAUGUACCAUUUCGUCUCAGAUGGAACUGGAGGAAGCAUUCCGUUUGUACUGUCAGUGCAGAGAUGAAGGGCUUAUUAUCCAUGUCUUCCCCAGCAUUCCAGAACAACCAGGCAUGCCUUGUCCGGGAGAAGAUCAAUCAAUCUACCGGCGGGGAGCGAGAAGAUGGAGGAAGCUUUACCGAGUGAAUGGGCAUCUGUUUCAAGCCAAACGCUUUAACAGAAGAGCAUACUGUGGCCAGUGCAGUGAAAGGAUAUGGGGUCUGGGAAGGCAAGGUUACAAGUGCAUCAACUGCAAGUUGUUGGUCCAUAAACGCUGUCACAUUCUUGUCCCACUGAACUGCAAAAGGCAUAUGGAUUCUGUGAUGCCUUCCCAGGAACCUCAAUUAGAUGAUAAGAAUGAUGAAGCUGAUGUCCCUACAGAAGAAACUGAUGGAAUAUCUUAUAUUUCUUCGACUCGAAAACAUGAUAAUAUUAAAGAUGAUUCUGAGGAACUCAAGCCAGUUAUUGAUGGAAUGGAUGGAAUCAAGAUCUCUCAGGGGCUUGGCCUACAGGACUUCGAUCUGAUCAGAGUUAUUGGACGAGGCAGCUAUGCCAAAGUUCUUUUAGUGCGGUUAAAAAAGAAUGAUCAAAUUUAUGCAAUGAAAGUUGUGAAGAAGGAAUUAGUUCACGAUGAUGAGGAUAUCGAUUGGGUGCAAACCGAAAAGCAUGUGUUUGAACAGGCAUCCAGUAACCCUUUCCUAGUUGGCUUACAUUCCUGCUUUCAAACAACAAGUCGGCUGUUCCUUGUGAUAGAAUAUGUGAAUGGGGGAGACCUCAUGUUUCACAUGCAACGGCAAAGAAAACUCCCGGAAGAACACGCAAGGUUUUAUGCUGCUGAAAUCUGUAUUGCUCUCAACUUCCUCCACGAGAGAGGCAUCAUCUACCGGGAUUUAAAACUGGACAAUGUUCUCCUGGAUACAGAGGGUCACAUCAAGCUGACAGACUACGGCAUGUGUAAGGAAGGGUUGGGCCCUGGUGACACUACAAGCACUUUCUGUGGAACGCCAAAUUACAUUGCCCCGGAGAUCCUUCGAGGAGAAGAAUAUGGAUUCAGUGUGGAUUGGUGGGCCCUUGGUGUCCUCAUGUUUGAAAUGAUGGCAGGAAGAUCUCCCUUUGAUAUUAUUACUGACAAUCCAGAUAUGAACACUGAAGAUUACCUCUUCCAAGUUAUCCUUGAAAAACCAAUCCGAAUCCCAAGAUUCCUUUCUGUUAAGGCCUCUCAUGUUUUGAAAGGAUUUUUAAAUAAGGAUCCCAAAGAGAGGCUUGGAUGCCAACCCCAAACAGGAUUUUCCGAGAUCAAGUCACACACAUUUUUUCGCAGCAUAGACUGGGAUCUGCUGGAAAAGAAGCAGGCAACCCCGCCAUUUCAGCCUCAGAUCACAGACGAUUAUGGUUUGGAUAACUUUGAUACCCAGUUCACCAGUGAACCUGUGCAGCUAACUCCCGAUGAUGAAGAUGUAAUAAAAAGAAUAGACCAGUCGGAGUUUGAAGGAUUUGAAUAUAUUAACCCAUUGAUGCUGUCAACUGAGGAAACAGUAUGAGAAAGAGGCACAGAGAAAAAUGCGAAUGCACUUGGACCUUUAAUCCUGAACUACAGUAUAUGCAUGCAAGGCUGGGGGUAACCAUAAGGGUUUGAACGGAGACCGAUGACAAAACGGCCGCUGAGAAGAAUCAAGAUACACGAUUUGGGUGGGUGGCGUCCUCUGUUUUUUUUAAGCCUGGGGGAACUGGCAGAGCUGGCUUCACGAGGGACACCGCACUCCGUGCCUGCUUCAACGAGGGGUCAGUGACGGUCGUUGCGUCCUUGGGGAGAGAUUCCAGACCGCUCUGAAAGGAGCCCACUUCUAAUGGACAUUUCCAUGCAGCAGCCUCCUAGACCAGUGGGACAUCCAGAGUAGAAUUGCUAGCGGUGUUGAAGCUUCCUUUAGAUGCCUUUUUUCACAAGUGGUACCUAUCCUAAAUGUCUCUGUGUGCACGUGGGUAUGUAUAUGUGCGCAUACAUACACAGAUAAUGUACGCACACAUGUAUACACACACUUGCUAAAUAAAUAGAAAGGAGUUGUGUUUUAUUAGCAAUGGUAACAAAUUUGGGCACAGUAUUUAAGUGCCUAAAUGGAUAAUCUACAUUAAAAUAUUCCAUAUUUGGAACAUUAGAUGAACCCUGUAAGUUCUGGUUAUUUAAAAAGAAAAAGUAUUUUACACAUGGAACCUACAACUAACAGCUGCUAUCCGAUAUUCAUAAUUGCCUGCAUAGAACUUUCAGAAUGGACAGGAAUCUUAGCAAUAACAAUUCCAAAUUAGAGUUCAGCAUUCAGAAGAUCUGGCUUAUGCUGAACGUGGGAGGGAAAAAAAAAUAACUACCAAAAUCUCAUCAGAAAAUUUAAAUUUGCACAUGGUGGAUUUAUGAAAAUACUUGAGCAGUGCCUACGAUGACUUACGUUGUAUACUAGAUUUUUGAAUAAUAUUUUUAUCAAUGCAAUAUUCAGAAGGAACAAUGGGAACAUAAUAGAUCUUAGCCUUAAAGUUUUGGGGGGGGGAAAGAAUUCUAGGAUAUCCAUCAACAUACUACAUUUUUUUUCUGAUAAAGCACACCUCCUGCUUAAAAAUGACUGCUUUGAAAUGUUUACCCUGUAUCACUGGUUAGCUCUCCCAGAGAUUGUCAUGGUUAGUGAAACACUAUCAAAGCAGCAACUUAAUGAUGGGAAAAGUGACCACAGAUACAAAUAUUAUAUGGGUAUAAAAAUGUCCAUGUUUCCCCUUUGGAGAGCUAAUUGCUUGUCAAUUUUUGGAAUUUAAAGAAAAUUCAGUGCAUUUCUGAUUGAACUCGUGCGUAUUGCUGACCUAAUACGGUAACCCUUUCCGAAUUCUGUUGGGUCAGCUGCAGUUUUGGAGGACAACAUUCUGCAGCAGUAGAAAAAUCCCGUAUGUCGUGAUUUGGUAGAUGUCAAAUGACUCGCAACCAUUUUUAUCCUGCUUUUCUUGUCUGGGUUUCUCAGGAUAUCACAUUGCAUUGGUUGUUGCACAGGAAAUCUUAGUUGCAUUCACAGCCAUGAGAUGCUAGGAAUAAGACGGCCAAACUUGAAAGAUCGAUACAUCUGGCAAAGAACCAUUGGUUACGAUUUCAUUUGGGACUCUUCCCUUCCCUUGGCCGCUAAUUAAAGCACAUGUACGAUAACAAAAUGUUCGCACUCCCAUGCAGAGUUCUUGAAACUUUGUUUUGUUUUGAGCAAGAUUCUUAGGUCUGUUCUAACCAGCACUUAGUAACUCAGUUAGAACGGCUUUCCUCAGAUGCUUUGGGUUUAAAUAACCAAGAUACCUAGUUGAGAAGCUCUUUGCUUUUAAGCAAACCCUGAAACUACUUUUCACGAUCCUGUUUUUUUUCCCCUUCUCAACAACAAAUUCAGUAUUCCCCAACUCGUCUCUCUCUUCCCUUUGGAUUUACAGCUGAGCAGCUGGUUUUGCAAGGCCAUGUGACCACCAGGUGCCAUCUGAUUCUGGGGCAAAGGGUUUGCAAAAACGGUGAGAAUACUUCACUCUGAACUUGUAUACUGCCUGAACAUCAGAGCAGGACUAGGACACGGAUACACACUUGAUCGACAGGCAUAAAAAAACAAGUCCUUGAUUUAUUUACAAUUUAAGGCAUUUACAAUGUUGCUGUGUUGCCAAAUAAGUUACUGGUUACAAGUUGGUUGCUGCUCGUGUGCAAUGUAUAAUGUUCUGUCCAUGAUGAAGGGGAAAUUUUUUUAUAUAAAGUUCUUGUUUUAUAAAUUAAAGGAAAAAAAUGAAGGAUGUAAUUAAAUGUGUGGUUUAAAAAAAAAUCCUAAUAUAUUGCAAAUGGAGCUGGUAAUGAUAUAAUUGUCUUAGUAUGUAAAUGAAAUGUAAAUGAAAACACUCUAGCUAAUUUAAUGAUUGUAAAACAGUAAAUAUGUUCUUGUAGUUUUGUAUAAUUAACUAGUUGAGAUCUUUGGCCAGUUUUAUUUGUGCAAAAGAUGGUAUCCUAACCAGUUAAACAGCUAAGAUCAUUUAUAUUCUUGCACAUCUAUUAAAGACUUUAAUGAAAA